GCGCUGUUUUGCUGGUCAUUGUCGUCAUGAAGAACUCCCUUCCCCACAUGAAGCGAACCUUCCAGUUUUUCCCACCAAGCGCCUUGGAUUAACAUGGGUCGAGAUAUUAGUGAUAGAGUCGAGGACUGGCCGCUUCACAAUGUUCAGAAAAGACAUAGAACAUGAGAGUAGAUAGGCAAUAGUGAAGAUGGCCAGGUAAGAUGCCAGUAAGAACAAGCGCAGCCCUCUGCGCAGACGCCAGACGUUCCAGCAAACUAAAGUCAAGUCGGUCGCGCAAUCGGGGUAUAUCCGGUAAACCGUCAAACGCCGGAACCCUGGUAAGCGAGCAGUUACACGUUGCCUCCUGCUUCCGGACCUGCAAGGUGGUCGUACCACAGCCUCCUAUGCUUCGCCGAGAGAAGAGCAUUAGCACAACUAGACAUCCUUCUCUUCCUCGGCCUUCUCCGACACCUCCGCCAGCGUCUGAGCAUCUUGUUGAUCACUUUGCUGAUGCGCAGUCGGGUGAGCGUGUUGAGCAGUGCCGGCAGGCCCAGUGCUGACGUGAGCAGUCU